GAGAAAAGUGAAUAUUUUAAAAUAUAAAAUUCCCUUAUUUUUUAAGUAUUUACUAUAGUGAUUACGACGACAUCUUCAUAGCGUCUACCAAUUUAUUGUGUUCAUCAUGGCUUCGACGGAAUCCUUAGUAUGCGAUACACUCGAUCUAAGUGGUCAAGGUCUAAAGAAGCUUCCUCGUUGUCCAUCUGAUGCAGAUAUUAGCACAUUGAUCAUUGACGAUAAUGAACUUCAGCGUCUUGAUAAUCUUGAUUCUUAUCAUAGAAUUACCAAGCUAUCAAUAGUAAGGAAUCAAUUGCUACGUAUGUAUGGAGUAUCGAAGUUACAUAAUCUUGUAACUCUUAAUCUAGCAAAUAAUGGUAUUUUAACCAUAGAAGGUAUAAAGGAUAUGAUAAAUUUACAUACACUUUGUUUAGCUGGUAAUAACAUAAAGUCUAUUGAACAUUUGCAUACAAAUACUAAGUUGGAGCAUUUGGACUUGUCUGAAAAUAGUAUCAGUCAUAUCUCAGACAUAUCUUAUCUACGAAACUUAAAAGAAUUGUUUCUACAUAACAAUCGUAUAAUAACAUUAAGGCAAUGUGAACGCUAUUUACCUACUUCUUUAGAAACAUUUACAUUGGCAAAUAAUAAUAUUACUGAUUUAAAUGAAAUGUCACAUUUAGCUAAUUUAAAAAAUUUAAUAAAUUUUUCAAUAGCUAAUAAUCCAUGUGUCAGUAUGACAGGUAAUAGUACUGGUUUUGAUUAUCGACCUUUUGUUAUCAAUUGGUGUAUGAGCUUGAAAUCAAUUGAUGGCUAUCCUGUUGAUCCUAUUGAAAGUUUAAAAGCAGAGUGGCUAUAUUCUCAGGGACGUGGUAGACAAUUUCGUGUUGGCGAACAUGCACUACUUGCACAGUAUUUAGCAUCAGUUUGCCCACUAUCUGGCGAAUCUCUAGAAAAUGAAACAGACAGAAAGCUAAGGCUGAUUUUAAGUAAAGCACAACAUCACCAACAACAAUUAAAUCAACAAAGUGAUACUGGAAGUGUGCACAGCUUAAGUAGCGUCGGAAUGAGUCCUUCUCCAGCCACUAGGCGUAGACUUAGUCAUAACAGGACAGGUUCUCCUAGACGUGCCAUUGCACCAAUGUUGACAUACUAUGAAGAUAAAUGCUUACAAUCGCCAAAAUUUUAUGAAGCAAAAUACUGUGUGUGCCAUUCACCUUGUAAAGGUUCAUCAAGAAAUUCAUUAAGAAUAAGAUCACCAGAUAGAAUGGUAUCUAGCUGUCAUACUGAUGCUAUAGUUUCUUCAUGCCAUACAUUAUUACCUGAAGAUCAGGAAUCCUUAAUGACUCAAAGUUUGGAUCCAAAUAUGCUUUGCAGUACUUUAAACAAUAAAGUAUUAAAUUCUGUUGAUACAGAAGAAACAUCAAGUCCUUUACAAGCUGCAACAAAACUAGUACCAGUUCCAGAAUCUUUAAUGAGUCCAGAUUUUCGUCCACCGUCUGGUCUUUCUCGAGUUUUAGCAAAAACUCCACCAAGUAAAUUAACAUCACCAUGUCAAAUUACAGUGCCAAACAAAUCUACUUGUGAUGGAGACAGCAAAGCAAUUCCCAUAAUAAAUACAGUAAAUCCAAUGGCAAAAACAAAUCUAACUUCUAUUAAAGCAAAUGCACUUGUAAAAAGUAAUUCGGCAACAAAUUGUACUGCUGGAAAACCAAAUAUUGCUAAACCUAUUAUUACAAAUACUAGUAAUAAAUGUCCUCAUAGUGUGAAAAUUAAUAAUUAUGUUCAAAGCAAAACAUUGCCUGCCAAACGAAAUACAAAAAAUUCACCAAAUUUAGGCAGAAAUAUACAAAGACCAAAGAGUACAAAUGAUAAAGUUAAAAGCAAUAUUAUUAAAAAAAAUGGAGAUGGUGAUGCUGAUAAUGCUACUCAAAGUAGUGAUGAAGAUAGCGAAGUAUGUCAAGCAAAAUUAGAUAGUAUUCGACAUAGAGCUAUUCAACGAAGACAAGAAGACAAUAAAGAUCAAGAUGAAGCUGAAAAAGCAGCAAUAUGUAUUCAAAGAAUGUGGAGAGGAUAUCAUACAAGAAAUCUUAAUAAAAAAGCAACUACUAUAUUGAAAACUAUUGAAAUGAUAAGAACAAAUAAGUAUAUUCAGAAAUUAACUACUGAUAUGGAAGCCACUAGAACUGCUUUAGAAAGUGAACAUAAGCUACAGUUAUUGCAAAUGCAAGCAAUUAAUGCAUUGUGGAAAAAAGUUGUUAGUCUUCAACCUAAUCGAGAUUCUACAAAUAAUGACAAUGAAAAUAUUGCACAAAAUGUAGAUGUUGUAACUAAUUUAACACAAACAUGUAAUUUAUUGCAUAGUCAGGUUCAACAAUUACAAGAUUCCAUGUCAGAAAUUAAGCGAUGUAUGUCGAGUAUGCAAUCGAAAUCAAAUCUUAUUGAUAAUGGUGUUGCAACUCAAACAGAAAUCUCAGCUGUUCAUACUCCGGCAGGUGAAGAAAAUUUAUUUCCCUAUGCUCGUCCACAUAGACCACAAACAUUACCAAUUCAUCAAACAAUUCAUGAAGGAAAUGAAAAUAAAAGUUUUGCAUCUAAUUUGAUCGAUAGCGUUUUAAAAAAAGUAUCUCAAUCCACUGAUACGACAGAUGAUGAAGUUAAUACUGAUAUUCUAAACUCUAAUGAAAAUCCCGAAGUGUUAAAUUCAAAUGAUCAUCCUGAUAUGUUUAAAAGUUGUGAAGAGAUUAUAGAACCUGAUUUCAAGGAUAUAGUAGAACAUGAUGUAAAAAAUGAAUAUGAUGUAAUUGAUAAUGCUGUUAUAAAUGGUGAAGUUUGUGAAGAAACAUUAUGUAAAGAAUUGCACAAUUUAAUUGAAACAGAAAUUACAACAGAAAAUUGUAUGAAUUUGAAAAAGGAAAAUAGUUCAGAAGAAAUUGAAAAGGAAUAACUUUAAUCUGAAAAAGCAUAUAGAAAAUAAUAAGAAAAAGAAUAAAGGUGCAAAGUUAAAAGCCUUGAACAAAAAUAAUAAGAAACAAACAUAAAUUUUAAUGAAUAAUCUAAUGUAUGAAUGAAUGAAUUAAUCUGAGAAAACAUAUAGAAAAUAAUAACAAAAAGAAUGAAGGUGUAAAGUUAAAAGCCUUAAACAAAAGUAAUAAGAAACAAACAACAAAUUUCAAUGGAUAAUCUAACGUAUGAAUGAAUGACAUUAAUACAUUUUUAGCUUAAAAUACUCAUUGUACAUAAGUUCAAAAACUAGUCUUAAUUAUAUUCAGGUAACAAAAUUUAAUGCUUUUAAUUAUAUUGUAUCUAUAAUAUUUUAAAAUCAAACUCAUCAAAGUUCAAAAGAUUAUCAUAGAAUACAUUUAAAAAGAAAAAGUACCAAAGACAUAGUUUUAAACAAUCAUUUCAUUAAGUUAAUUUAUUAUGUACAUCGUGGUCGUUAAAGCAAUUUUGAAAUUUUUCCGUCCACAUAUCUGGCUUUU